UAAAUAUUUUAAUUCCAAAUUUUAAGCAGGUCUUAUAGGGCAGACUGCAGGAAUUCCGAGUAUUUGCAAUUUACAAUCUAUAUACCAGCCAUGGAAAACUCCAGCACCAAAUGCGCAAAGUGCAUGUUGGUUCUGUUCAACAUGAUUUUCUUCAUUGGUGGUGUCGUCCUUGCCGGUUUAGCUGGUUACGGUGCAUUCAAUAAGAACAGUCCCCUGCACUCUGUCGUUGUCGAAAUGAAAUCAACAAUUCUGCUUGAUGGAUUAUACUUGCUGUUUGCGGUCGGAUUAUUUUUAGCUCUGAUUUCUUUAAUUGGUUGCUGGGGAGCUAUGAGUGAAAGCAAGUGUCUCCUCUAUUCUUACUUCUCCGUUAUGCUGGUUGUCUUCUUGGUGCAAAUGUCGGGGAUUAUCAUUUGUUUCGUCAAGUACCAAGCGAUCAAGGGUAUGGUAUUGAAGGCGCUCCAAAGCAGAACAACGAUUGAUCCAAGUCAUUUGAAACAAUCACUAGUAAACAAAGCAACCAACGUUAUCUUCGACAAAUUCGAGACAAAGUAUCACUGCUGUGGAUUUUACGGUCCAAGUGAUUAUUUAUCAGCGUUUCCCGACUCUUGCUAUGCUAAAGUGCACGCCAGGAAUAAACGAGCAGCGAAUUCAUCCGCUACAACGAACCCAACAAUAGCUAGUGUCUCAGCAGUAUUGACCACCGCUGCGAAAAUAGUGGCAACUACACAACCUGCCACAGCAGCUGCUACCCAUCAUAUAGCUACAACUCCUGAAGCUACAACUCCUAUAGCAACAACUGCAGCGCAUCAUGUUGCAACCACCGCAGAAGCCUCCACCGCUGCCCCAACAGCUGCAAUAACAACCAAACCUGUUAUACAUGCUACCGUAGCGGCGCACACUGCAAGCGCAGUGACGACUGCAUCACAUUCUGGCACAACCGCCGCCCCAGCUUCACAUGGAGCGCUCUACACCAAAGGUUGUGGUAAAGUAUUGAAACCUUACUUAUAUGCUGCUGGAGGAAUCGCUAUUGUUAUCUUAAUUAUGGAGUUGGUGGUUCUGUUUCUUGCAUGUUGCAUGAUCUCUGCGAUCAAUCAAGGCUAUACACCUGUGUGAAGAUAUAUAUGUAUGGUACAGUGGGGGUAAGAUGGGCGCCGUUAGCACAGAAUAUCCCGUAUUUCUGAAUCGUUUUUUUAAUUACCAACACUCUUUUAGAGACGUGAGCGUAAAGUUUUAUGUAAUUCUGUAAAUAUUUUUUGUUUACUACCAAAUAGGACAAUAAAAAAGAAAUGAAACAUGGUCAUCUUACCCCAAAGUAUUAUGCUUGCCAAUGUCGCUGCUGAGUACUUAUAAAGUAAGUGCUGCGUUCGUUAAUGUUAUAUUGUACGGUGGGGGGAGAUGGGACACCUUUUCAUUCUAUUUUCUUGUCCCGCUUGGUACUAAACAAGAAUUACAAAACCGCAUCCUCACGACUCCUAUAGACCGUUGUUAAUUGUUUAAAACAGGAUCAGGAUAUUUGGAUAUUAUGUGCUGAAGGUGUUCCAUCUUCCCCCACCUUAUUAUAACUAAUUUUAUGUGUUAUCGUAAAGGUGAGGUCGUGUAUUGCAAAAAUAUUCGACUUUAAAUAACAUUUCCCAUGAAUUCUUGGCGUUAGUAUUUCUAUCAUAGACACUUUUAAUGUUACGUUUAUUUUUCUGUCUGCGGUUUAUAUUAAAAUACAUUGGCGGCUAAAGGUGCCUGUACACAGUAUCCGGAACUCGUCCGUUUUGUCUGUUUUUUCCUGAUUUAGCUGUCGCAUGCGGAACUCGGUAAUGGGUUUGCAUACGAAUUCGCAUGCCGGAUACUGUGUACAGCCACCUUUAGUUUCCCAUACUGCCAGACAUCAAUGUUCACUUUGCAUAAUGUUCAACUUUAAAAAAGCUUAAAGUUUGCAAACGGAUGUUUUAGUCUUACCUAAUUCUUUAGGUGGCUGUACACAGUUUUUCGGAAUUCGUCCAUUUUGUCUGUUUUGUCCGGAUUUCGCUGCCGCAUGCGGAACUCGGUAAUGGGUUUACAUAUGAAUUCGCAAGCGAAUUCGCAUGCCGGAUACUGUGUACAGCCACCUUUACUUAAUGUGUGCCAAUGCCGCCUAUCAGUGUAAUAUAUACGGAUAUUAAAAUUAAAUCAAAACUAAAAAGUUUGCUAGACUUUAUACCAAAAACUGCUGCAUACAUUUCUUGGUAAAAAAGUUGUUUUUAUUGUGCGAAUUUGAAAACUAAAAAACCUUCUUCUGUUUUAAUCACAUGCGUAUAAGCUGUUUUGUAUAAUAACUUUGCUAUUCUAUUCAGAAGACUUGAGUAUUAAAAGAAUCCAC